AUGGCUACAUAUCAUAAUGUUCGUCGUAGUGCAGCAACAAAAGUAUCAAAUGAAAAUGUCAUAAUACGUAAUCCACGUUCUAAUCAAGAUAAAAGAAAAUUGCUAUUAAAAAAAUUAAAUUUAAUUGAUAAAAAAAUGUUAGAUUUAUGUAAAACAGAUAAAAAUGAAACAGAAUUAAAUUGUUAUUUAUGUUUUGUUGUUGAACCACCAUCAUCAUCAAAGUAUAAUCAACUUAUAUCAAUUGAAACUGAUACAGUACCAUCAUUAGUUCCUAUUAGAAUAGCUGCAUUAGAUGAAUAUAUAUUAGAUACACAAUUUUUUUUACCAAUAUUAGUUGUACAAAAUGAAGAAUGGAGAGAAACAUUUGCGGAUUUUUUUCCUCCUCCAGUAUCAAAAUGUCGUUAUCCGUUAGUUAGACGUGAUGAAAAAAUAUUAAUUCGUGAUCAACAAUACUAUGAAAUGAAAGCAAUCUAUGAUAUUGAUAUAUUAGAUGUUUAUUUUCAAACAUUAUCAACAUCAUUAUCAGUCUAUUAUUCAGAAAAAGAUAUAAAUAAUAAUGAUAAAUUAUCAAAAUAUAUAUGGAUAUUAUUACGUACGAUACGUUAUGUAAUGAUAACAAAAAUGAAAAAUGAAAAAAUUGCAAAAGAACAAGAAUUAGAUAAACAUAUUGAAGAAUUACAUACAUUAAUUCGAAAUCGUGAUAAAUCUUUGGAUGAUGCAAAUCAAUAUAAACAAUAUAUAUCAAAAUUGCAUCCAUCAGAUUAUUAUUAUUUAUUAUAUAAUUUAAUGAUUUUAUAUCCAGAAGAUGUUCAUAAAUCAAGUUUAAUGAAAAUGGAUAUUAUACUCUUAGGUUUGUUAACUCAAACUGAUUAUUGUGAUGGUGUAACAUUAGAUGGUAUAUGUGAUCAUUUUCUACGUAUGAUAUUAGAACGUUCAAUGAAAUUUGUACCUAAAUUAAAUGUUAAUAAUUAUGUUAAUAAAGAUGAAUUAGUUCAAUAUUUACAUGAAAAUGCUGGUGAUCGUGUACAAUCAACAUUACGUUAUUGGUCAUUUAUGAUUCAAGUAAUGAGACAAUUAAUAUUAGAUAGAGAAUAUUCAUUAAAUCAGUUUCAACAAAUAUUAAAACUAAUAAAAGAUCAAAAUUUACAAAUGAAUGGUUUAUUACCAUUUUGUUUUGAAAUAAAUUCUGAAUGUGAAAAAUAUUUAAAUGAUUCUAUAUUAGCUGAAUAUAUUUUAACAACAGCUGAUUUAGAUGAUAAAAAAUUUACUAUAUUAACAACAAGUAUAUUAUCUACAAAUAACAAUAAUAAUACACCUAAUUUAGAUCAAGUAUUAAUAAAUAAUAUAGAAAGAAUUGAAAAAUUACAAAAUGAAUUAAAUAUAAUAACGACUACUAUUCAAGAACAAAAUCGAUCAGAAGAUAAUAUCAUACAAGAACAGCAACAACAAGGUAAUAGUGAAAUACAAGAAGAAAAUGUACAACAAUCUACAAUUGAAGAUAAAUCAAUAUCAGAACAACAUGAUGAAAAUACUAUCAUAACAACAACUACUAAUGCCAAUAAUCAAGAGGCAACAUUAACUGUAUCAUCACCAUCAACAAAAAUAACAAUGAUUGGACAAUCAUCAUUUAGUAUUGAUAAAUCAAUUGUAGAAAAAAUGAAUGAUAUCAUAUUGAGACGUUCUCAUAUUGAUGAAGCAAAAUUAAUUCUACGUCAUGCAUUACAUGGUCAAGAAGAAGAUAUAAAUAUAUUACAAUAUAUUAGUGAACGAAAUCAUGCACAUAAACUAGGUCCAAGACGAUUUCAUGUGUUAAUUAUUCGUGCUAUAAAAUUACAAUUUCCAUCACCAAAAAAAUAUAUAGGUCGUUUAUUAUAUGACCUAAAUUGUUCAUUAACAAAUAGUUUUCAACGUUCAUCAGGAAAUAAAUUAAAAAAAGGACAAACAAAUCAAAUAAACAAUAAUCAACAAUCUAAUCAUGAUGAUAAUUCAGUUUUGAUUCAACCAAUUGAAUUUGUUAAAUUUGAAGUAGCACGUCAAUUAAUUGAACAUAAUCGUCAACAAUUAAAAAAUAAUCUCAAUGUAACUAUUGAAUGUCCUAUUUGUUUUGAAAAUAAAAAUGGAUUAAUACCAUUACAUAAUGAUAAAAGACAUUCAAUAUGUAAUAAAUGUCUAACAAUGAUAUUAAUAUGUCCAUUUUGUCGUAGACAAUUAUAA